AGAUCCGAGUCCAAUUGAGGGCAUCAGUUCCAUCACUUCUGUUUUAUUUAGGGUUUUACAGAGUCUUCUUGGCGGCAACAGCACAUUCCUUCUGUUACGCUACGAUGGGGAAGAAAUCGAAGGGCUCAAGGAAAGGAAAGAAAGCAUGGAGAGCGAACAUAAGCACAGAAGAUAUCGAGGAUUUCUAUGAGAAAUCUAGCAAGGACGCUCUUUCCGGCGGUUCUCUUACCGAGGUUCCUAGUGAUUCUCUGUUCUUUGUCGACAAGUCCAGAGAUCUUUCCGUCAAGCGUAAAAUAGACAAACAUAGAGAGAAGAUACUCCGUGUUGAUAGUAUACUACAGAAGAAUUCUUUCGUAAAACCUGUACCUUCUUCAAAUCAGAAAAAAUCCAAGAAAAAACAGAAAGAGAUUCAGAGGGCAGAAAGUUCUUCUCAGAAAGAUGGCACCACAGAUACCGGCAUGGUUGAUAUCUGGGAUGGAACAGAUGAGCUCGUGGUUAAAAGAAAGAUAUCUAAGACUAUGAACAUUCCGGCUGUGGAAGUAGAGCCACCUGGAUGCUCUUACAAUCCACCGUCUGAAAGUCAUCAGGAUUCGUUAGCUAAUGCUGUUGCAGAUGAAAUGCAGAAAAUUUAUACAAAAGAAUUGCGCCCUGCAUCCGUUCCUUUAACCGUUGAUGGAGAAGUUAUUGACGAGGAAGAUAUGUAUUUCCUUGAUGCGGACAAUGAGAGUGAUGAUGAUGUACAAAACAAGGAUGUCGAUGAAAACAGUGAUGCAGAUCUUGAGAAGAGGCCCUUUAAGAUGAAGAGGGUUACGCGAGUAGUGCUGAAUAGGAGGGCUAGAAACAAAGAAAAGUUGAAGAUGGAAGCAGAAGUAAAAAAGACAAAAGAGUUCUCUAGAGACCUCGACAGCUUACCAGAUAUAAUUGACGAAAUAGCCAAGGAGGAUGAAGAAAAAAGUAAGAGACAUACCCGUCGUGUUAUUGCUAAACAAGAAAGACUCAAAUCGCACCCGCCACGCCUAGGCAGACGCAAAUUUGAGCCUGCACCUGUUCAAGUGUUGUUAUCUGAAGAAAUUACUGGUUCUUUAAGGAAACUCAAGGCAUGUUGCACCCUUGCAAGAGAUCGAUACAAGAGCCUUGAGAAAAGAGGAAUAAUUGUCCCUACGGUUAAGAGUGGCAGGAAGUAGAAUAAGUAGAUGGAUAGUGAGCAAAAUGACAGGAAUACCCUUUUGGCUAUUGGUUUUGUAUACUUUCUUAUUGACUUUGGUUCUCCAAAGCAAGUUUCUAGUUCUGUUUUUGUUAUUGUUCUUUUUACCCUAAAAAUAUCUUUUUGUAUUAAUAUGGAAAUUUCAUACA